AUGAAGUUGCUAACACUUUUUAUUCUUGGCCUUGUAUUGGCUAUGACUAUUGCCGAGGAAACAGGCGAUGCUCCCCCAGCUGAUGAUCCACCUAAAGAUGACGAAAAACCUGCUGAUGGUCCUCCUGCUGAUGGUCCUCCUAAAGACGAUGAAAAGCCAGCUGAUGGUCCUCCUGCUGAUGGUCCACCUAAAGACGACGAAAAGCCAGCUGGUGGCCCCCCUGCUGACGGUCCCCCUAAAGAUGAUAAACCAUCUCCACCAGCUGAUGGCAGCUCCGACAAACCAACUACUAAGAAACCAGCGGGAACUACUAAGAAACCUGCAGGAACCACCAAAAAACCUAAUAAGCAACCUAGCGAACAAGAACUAAACAAGAAGCGCGAAGAAAUCAAGAAAAAGCAGAUGGCUAUUUUGAAGGAGCAACAAGCUAUUAAAAAUCAACAAUUGGAAAAAAGGAAGAAGCAAGAAACUGUUAAGAAAAAUCAAUUGGCCAUAAUUAAAGAACAAGAGACCGUCCGCAAGAAUCAGUUGGCAUACAUCAAGAAACAGGAUGAGAACUUCAAAAUUCAAGAGAAUAAUAUGAAUAAACUACAGGCCGAGAUAAAGAAGGCUUUAGCCGAAAAGAAAAGGUUGGAUGCUUUGCUAAAGAAGCAAAAUGCUAACAGACAGGGUUAA